AUGCCCGCCUUGAUCGCCCGCGACGACGCCGGCUACGCACUCCCCUUCUUUGUCAUAGUGCUGCUCAUCGUCUUCGGCGCGCUCUGCCUUGUCAUUUGCGGCUACGCCAUUCACCGUAUAUCCAGUUUCAAGCCAGGCGGUGAUGGGUUCAAGCCAGUCUCUGUAGCGCAGGCGGACUACAUGGCGGAGGUGAGGAUCAGGAACAUGAACAGCCUGGCUUAUGAGGGAAGGAGGAGUCAGUGGGGGAAGGGUCCUGUGCCGGAGUACAGGGAGGGUUGA